UUCAGUGUUCAGCUACCAGAAGGGUCGCGCUCAAGAUGGCCCCAAACGACGAUAGCUCGAAACAAAACAGAACAGAAUUUAUUGUGCGGUAUUUGGAAAUCCUCUUCAACACCAUUAACCACGUCCUGAUUGGAUAUGUUUCAAUUUAUUUGUCCUACUUAUGCUACAUGAUGAGCAUCAGCAGCAUCAUGACUUGGCAUAUAUUUCUAACAGCAGUUGGCUACCACUUCUUCAUGGCGGAGUCAUUCCUAACACUGUACGCGGCCAACACAUGGACAAUGGAAAACUCGCCGGAAACCAAACGUCGUUUGCAUUGGAUCCUACAGCUAAUUGGAUGCGUUGCAAUCAUUGUAGGAACCGCCAUUGAAGUGUGGGACAAGGAGCGAAGAAAUCGGUCCCACUUCAAAUCUGACCAUGCGAUAACAGGAUUGGUGUCAAUCAUUUUCAUCGUCUUAUCAAUGCUGAAUGGAGUGGCGUCAAUAUAUGCGUACAAAAUCCGGAACAUAAUAAAGCCAAUCUACGUCAAAAUGAGUCAUUAUAUCUGCGGGAUAGUGGCGUUUGUCAUUGGAAUGACUUCCCUUGCCCUGGAAUAUAGCCCUCGGCGUAUGGUCUCGACCGAAAAUGUUAAUAUGUUGAUCCUGUUCAGCUCGAUUGUAGCCGCACUGACGUGCAUCGGCGUCGCCAAAACGAUGUAUUCUCAAUUCAAAGGAAUGUGUCGAUAAUCGAAGAAUUUCAUUUAUGAUAUAGGGAAAAAUAAAAUCUGUUUUUAGAUUAGUUUGCUUAUGCAUUCUAUGUUUGUAUAUAUUAAAAAUAACAAAUGCCAAAGAUGUUCAGUUGUUUAUUAUUGAAUUCAUCCAAUAUUUGCAGAAGACAAGCUUAAUAUUUAGUGGUGAAAUUGCAUUCAAAUUUACUA